CGAGAUCUGUCGAAAUUCGUAAUAUUGAAUGAGAAAACUCCGUUUGCUUCUUCUGAGAGCUUAGAAAUUUCGCGUCUUAAAUAUAUAUUUUUUUUUACUCCUGUUUAGCUUAAUUCUUUUACCAUUUAUUAAUUGAAUAAUGCAAUGCAAAUUUGUUAUUGUUAAUAAAAAAGUAAUUAUGCGAUCGGAUAGAAAUUAGAUCAAACCGUGCGUUCUUGAUCACUGAAGCAGAAAGUAUUCAUUUAAUUAUGCAUGCGACGAAAGGGUUAACCUGCAAAACGUGGUGACGCUUUCGUGCGUGUUGCACGCGAGAUUUGGCAAAUUUUGCGCGGAAUUAAUGAACAUUUCUCGUCAGAGCGGAUUCCGUUUCGCUCGUUUUCACUAGGUGACCAGGAAGUCGAGGGGGAUACCUACAAUUAGGAACGUAUCUAUAUGCUGCGAUCACGCUGAAAAGCAUAUAGCCAUGUCGGACCCGGACAAGAAAACUAACGAACCGUAUCGCCAAUUAGAGGAAUCACAUGGCGCCGAGCUAAACGUUGGUGCUCAAAGUAGUCAAAGUACGUCGAGCUGCCACACGAGCUUGGAGAACGGCACCGAACGGUCGAUGGAACUUUCCUCUGUUGUGGUUAUACCCGAUGAUACCUUUACUGUGGUACAAGCUAUUAAUGCAUUAGGCUUUGGAAAAUUCCAAGUAAAAUUGUCUCUGUUCACGGGUCUUUGUUGGAUGGUAGAUAGUAUGGAGAUCACAAUAUUGAGUAUCCUAAGUCCAUCCUUACAUUGUGACUGGGGCAUUUCUAGAUAUCAGCAAGCACUGACCACAACGGUAGUAUUUCUUGGUAUGAUGUUAAGUUCUACUUUCUGGAAUAAUUUGAGCGACAGAUACGGUCGUAAGCAAGCUUUAACUUUGUGCGCGGUGCUACUGGCCUAUUACGCAUUUCUAAGUUCAUUUGCACCAAAUUUUCUCUGGAUCCUGUUGCUUAGAGGAGUUGUAGGGUUUGCUAUUGGUUGUGUACCGCAAUCAGUGACAUUGUAUGCAGAAUUUUUGCCAGCAAAGCAACGAGCAAGAUGCGUUAUUCUACUGGAUUGUUUUUGGGCUCUUGGAGCUUGUUUCGAAGUGGCGAUUGCAUUAAUCGUUAUGCCCAAUUUUGGAUGGAGAUGGCUUCUUAUAUUAUCAUCCAUUCCAUUAUUCAUAUUUGCUAUAAUAACACCGUGGCUGCCAGAAUCUACAGUGUUCAAUAUGACAACUGGAAGAACAGAUCGUGCAAUUUCGACAUUAGAACGUGUAGCUAGAGAAAAUAAAAAGCCAUUGCCUCUAGGAAGACUGGUUAUGGAUCGAUUUUAUCAAGGUCAUCAUGGUCGAUUUAAAGAUGUUCUAAGCAAAGAAAUGUGCAGAACCUCUGCUUUACUUUGGCUUGUAUGGAUGAGUACAGCGUUCUGCUAUUACGGAGUAGUAUUAAUGACAACUGAGCUUUUUCAUACAUCCUCAGAGCAAUGUAGCACAUGGGGUACGAACAACGAUGAGGGUACAUGCCAACUUGACUGUCGAUUACGACGUAGCGACUACAUCGAUCUGCUUUGGACAACAUUGGCGGAGUUUCCCGGGAUAUUCUCUACUGUUUUUGCGAUCGAGAAAAUAGGCAGACGGAAGACAAUGGCCUGCCAGUUAGUAAUGUUCGCCAUAGUGGUUUGCUUCUUAGGCAGGACCUGCUUGUUGAGCAGAGCAUCGUUGACCAUCGCCGUUUUCCUAGCCAGGGGCCUAAUCGCCGGUGUGUUUCAAGCUGCAUAUGUAUACACGCCGGAAGUGUAUCCCAUGCAUUUACGAAGCAUAGGUGUAAGCGCGUGCAGCGCUAUGGCGCGAAUCGGUGCUAUGAUCACUCCAUACAUAGCGCAAGUAUUCCUGCAGUGGUCCAUCACGGGAGCCAUGAUCAUUUAUGCGACAACCGCUUUGUGUGCUGCAAUUGCUACGCUUGCACUUCCCCAAGAUCCAAAUGAAGAUACUGAAUGGAACGACAUUCUUAGGAGAAAAGGCAUCAUACCUGAGAAGAAAAAGGAACAGGAAAUUACUGAGGAUCAGAUAGUAAAUCUCUUGGAGAGUACGAUAGAUGAGAAAACAGGACGUACUCCUAAUAAUUUAGAAGAGAAGACCUUGGACGAGUUAGAUGAGCUGGAGGACGAGGAGGAUGAACGAGUACUGGAGGAAUAUCGACGAAAGAGGAUAGCAGAGAUGAAAGAGCUAGCAAACAAGUCUAAGUAUAGAGAGGUGCUAGAGAUAUCUGCGGAAGAUUACGUUAAAGAAGUUAACAAUGCUGGAGAGGACGUUUGGGUUAUUUUACAUCUUUACAAGUCUGGCAUUCCACUCUGUACUCUAAUCAAUCAGCACCUUGCCAAUCUAGCAAGAAAGUUUCCUACCACUAAGUUUUUGAAAAGCAUCUCCACCACUUGUAUCCCCAACUGGCCAGACAGCAAUCUUCCUACAAUAUUCAUUUAUCAUGACGGAAAUAUGGUGAAGCAAAUUAUUGGACCGCUUGAGUUCCGUGGCAUGAAACUGUCUGAAGCAGAAUUGGAAUGGAUGUUGGGACAAGCAGAAGCAAUACCAACGAAGAUCAAGGAGGAUCCUCGACCCAAGAUUAACGAUGUCUUAUUUUCAAGUUUGAAAAAUGAAAGCAAUCUCGACGACGGUAACGACUGGUAAUUUUACCUACAUGAGGUUAUCACAGGAGAUUGGCACAUAUAAAUGCAUAAUAAGUAUUAUGUAAUAAGAUAUUAAUGCUGUUUCACAUUUUAUUUAUUUUAUUAUGUCAUAUACGAACUCAUCACUUGUAAAAGUACUAUUUUCAGUACUAUUUUCAACUGCUACUAUUCAUUUUGGAAUAAAAUAUUUUAUUACAA